CUCAGCUCGCCGAGCGACAUAUUUGCAUAUUCGUCGAGCAUACGCUUAUGAUCGCAACACGUAAUAUGCAAAUCGAACACCGGGCGUUGGGUCGUGCAGUCGCAUUGCAUCGCACGCCCUUUGUGAUUGGUCGGUAAAGCGUGCAUUCGGACCUCAUGAAUAAUACAUUAAGUGAGGCAGCCGCUCGGGUGGUGUUCCCUAAGUGCGCACUCGAACGAAUGGCUCGCAGUGAUUGGUUCUUUUCGCGUGCAGUCGGCCCUCAUUACCAUUAGUGAGUCCGCGCGAUCCUCGCAAGCAGUAUAAAUACAAUUCGAUUCGAUUGUCACCACAUUCUCAUCAUCUUAUUCGAAGAGAUACACACCAUGCCUGCCAAAGCACAAGCCGCUGGAAAGAAGGGAUCGAAGAAGGCUAAGGCCCCAAGGCCUAGCGGAGACAAGAAGAGGAGAAGGCGCCGAAAGGAAAGCUACGGAAUCUACAUCUACAAGGUUCUGAAGCAGGUCCAUCCCGACACUGGUAUCUCAAGCCGUGCCAUGUCCAUCAUGAACAGCUUCGUCAACGACGUCUUCGAGCGCAUCGCCGGUGAGGCAUCCCGUCUUGCCCACUACAACAAGAGGUCCACCAUCAGCAGCCGUGAGGUUCAGACAUCAGUCCGUCUCCUCCUCCCCGGUGAAUUGGCCAAGCACGCCGUCUCUGAGGGCACCAAGGCUGUCACCAAGUACACCACCUCCAAGUAAAUUGGAAAUCGUCUCCUAGUUUGCUCGAGACAAACGGCUCUUCUAAGAGCCACCAAAUAUUCAAGAAAGAAUCAAUGAGAAAUUGUCU